UGAUUCAUGGAAGAUGUCCGAUUUACAUGCAAAUGAAUACAAAACAGCUGCAGUCAUUGACGCCGCUAAUUAUGUCGCUGUUAGGACGUUGACUUGCUGACAUCACGGGCGCUUAUUAGCAUUCAGGAGGCUGUGCGGGUUGGAAGAGCGAAAGCCGCAACUCUUGGACUCGUUAUCCAGGCGGAGAGCUUCCUACUUCCUUUCAAAUGCCUCGUACUGGGGAAACCUUGGAGAUCAAGUUAAAUAUACGCCGGCUUCUCUUCCUGCAAGGUUCAUUUAAUAAACCCCCCUCAUACCGUGUCUGCUGCAUUCAUCUGGACUUCUUGCAGGGGUAAUAAGAUGGGAAAUCUUGUAUUCUGAAAGUAAGAACAUGGAACAAAGCCCAAAGCCGUAAAGGGAGAACAUUUGUGUAUCUAAGCUCCCAGUGCGGGGACGUAGUUUGACGUCGAAAGAAAAGUUGGGGUCGCUGUUUGGCUUAAGAGUUGUUUCCAAGAAUCUGGGAGCUUUGGUGUUUGUUUUGCGAAGGGGUUUGACAAAGGCUCGCAGCUCAGACGGCAGAGGAACAGCUUGCGGUGUCACACGGACGGAAGAGAGCGAGUGGGAUGAUUCGUGGCAAAGCGGUGGCGCAGGAGCGGUGUGAAAAGGCUGGUAAUGAGGAUCGCAUUUUGAAAAAUAACAUCACGGGGAGCGGGGACAAGCUCUCCUUUCAACUUACCUUGUAGAAGGAAGAUCUGCCUCCACUGUAAGUGCCCUCGAGUGGAGCAUGUGGUGGCAGUGAUGCCCCUGGAGAUGGAGAAGACGGUCACCAAGCUGAUGUACGACUUCCAGAGGAACUCCACCUCCGACGAUGACUCGGGGUGCGUUCUGGAGGAGUACGCCUGGGUCCCGCCGGGACUCAAACCAGAACAGGUUCACCAGUACUACAGCUCGAUCCCGGAGGACAAAGUGCCGUAUGUGAACAGCCCUGGAGAAAAGCACCGAAUCAAGCAGCUGCUUCAUCAGUUGCCCCCGCACGACAAUGAGGUCCGGUACUGUAACUCUCUAGAUGAUGAAGAGAAGAGGGAACUCAAGCUUUUCAGCAACCAGCGCAAGCGGGAGAAUCUGGGUCGAGGGAACGUGAGACCGUUUCCCGUGACGAUGACCGGAGCGAUCUGCGAGCAGUGUGGGGGACAGAUAAACGGGGGAGACAUGGCGGUUUUUGCCUCACGGGCGGGUCACGGCGUGUGCUGGCACCCUCACUGCUUUGUGUGCAGUAUGUGUGACGAGCUGCUGGUGGACCUCAUCUACUUCUACCAGGAGGGGAAGAUCUACUGCGGGCGGCACCACGCGGAGCGGCUCAAACCACGCUGCUCAGCCUGCGAUGAGAUCAUUUUCGCGGACGAGUGCACAGAGGCGGAGGGAAGGCACUGGCACAUGAAGCACUUCUGCUGCUUCGAGUGCGAGACGGUGCUGGGGGGCCAGCGCUACAUCAUGAAGGAGGGCCGGCCUUACUGCUGCAACUGCUUCGAGUCCCUGUAUGCCGAGUACUGCGACUCGUGCGGGGAGCACAUAGGUAUUGACCAGGGCCAGAUGACGUAUGACGGGCAGCACUGGCAUGCCACUGAGUCGUGUUUCUGCUGCGCCCGCUGUAAGAAGUCCCUGCUGGGACGGCCGUUCCUGCCCAAGCAGGGUCAGAUCUUCUGCUCACGCUCCUGCAGCAUGGGUGAGGACCCCAACGGCUCCGACUCCUCCGACUCCGCCUUCCAGAGCGCGCGUUCCCGUGAGUCCCGCCGCAGCGCCAAGAUCGGCAAGAACGGCGCCAAGCCGGAGACGCGCCAGUCGGCCCCGCUGCUGGCCACGUCGGCCCGCUUCUCGGCCGACAUCGACCCGCUUUCCCUCCAAAUGGACCUGCUGAGCCUCUCCAGCCAGGCCCCCAGCCUGAACCGGGAGCCCCAGGCCUGGAAGAGCCAAAACGAGCUGUACGCCUACGAGAGCCGCGACGAGGCCACGCCCAGCCCCCUGCAGCUGCUCAGCCAGUGCAACAUCAGGACAGGCUACAACCCCGCCCUGGGUCCCGGGAACCCCCCAGAUUCCAGGGCCAAGGAGCCGAGCAGCAGCAAGAGGCCCCCAAUGGCUGCCCUGAAGGGGCACUCCUUAAAUGAGAACUGGUUCCAUCAGGGCCAGGAGGAGUAUUUCCCUCCAAAACUGAAAACGCAGGCGAGUUUCAACGAGGUCUCCCACAAUGGAUUCUCCGACAAGCGCUCGGUCAGUCUCCACGUGUUCCAGAGGGACAGAGAUAUGGGGCCUCAGCUGGGCCGCACCAGGCACCCGAUCAGCGCACUUAGCUUUACCGAGCAGCUCACUCCCCUGGAGCAAACACCAAGGGGCUCCAUGGAGUCACUUGCCCUAUCCAAUGCAACAGGAACGUCAGCAGACGGGGGCACCAAACGGCAGGAGCACUUGUCCAGAUUUUCCAUGCCGGAUUUGAGCAAGGACUCUGGUAUGAAUGUGUCGGAGAAGAGCAACAUGGGCACCCUGAACUCCUCAGUGCAGUUCCGCAGCACGGAGUCCCUGCGGAGCCUCAACUCCGUGCAGCGCUACGGUGAGCUGGAGCCGCCGGUGCCACUCAAGUACCCGCUGCAGUACCACGAGGCCCCCGCUCUGGCCCGGCUGCAGCAGGGCUUCUCCUUCCAGGAGGAGGACCGCCUCGGCUUGGCGGGCGGAGCCAACAACGCGAGGCUGGCACCCAUGAGCGAGAGGACUCGGAGGCGGGGCAUGGGCCAGGAGGAGCCCCGCAGGCGGCACCACCACCACCACCGCUCCCGGAGGUCCCGGCGCUCCCGCUCCGAGAACGCCCUGCACCUGGCGGCCGAGCGGCGCCCCCACGCGCAGGAGCGCCCCCAGCUGCACGUCCGUGAGGACUACGACCGGUUCCCCCCACCCAGGGGCGCCAGGGACCCGUUCGGGGGCGGCAGGUUCAGGCAGGAGUCCUACCGCCCGUGCCCGCGGACCACCUCGGACCUAACCCUCCAGAACCCCAUGAGCCACCGCCCGGGUAACUACGGCUGGGACGACUACGAGGACGACGACUGGUGCUCCACCUGCUCCUCCUCCUCCGAGUCCGACGACGAGGGCUACUUCCUGGGAGAGCCCAUCCCCCGGCCUGUGCAGCUGCGAUACCUGACCAGUGAGGAGCUCCUGCACAAGUACAGCUCCACAGGCCUGGGCGGCCCCGCCCCACUGGGCAGCCGGGGCCAACUGCACACCCGCAAACGCAGAAAAAGCAAGAACUGCAUCAUCUCAUAACCGGCAGCCACAGGCGAGGCCGCACCAUAGGAGAAUGUUCCCCACCUCCCUCAGGGAGGGCUUGUAAACAUUUAUACAGUACAAUUUAAAGCCACAGCUUUUUGGAAAUGCUUUUAGUAUUGUAUGGUUUUACAGUGAGUGAUAAUGCAGUAAGGUGACCGUUGACAGCACAGCAUUGCAUGUUUUCCAUUAGCUGUUUCAAUCUUAACUUGAGUAUCAUAUUACUACUUACUCCUGCCUUGCACUCCUUCUGCCAACAUGUUUAUCAGUGACAGUGUACAAUUGGAUAUAUUUGUUACUCCACUCAAGCGCAGUAAAGUUCAGUAUAGUUCUGCUUUUUUAUGCAAUGUGGUUUUAGUACUUAACCAUUUAAUUCAAUUCUAUAAAAUGUAUAUAAAUAAAUUCAUUAAGUUAAGGAUGGUACAUUGUAAAUAUUAUGUAAAUGA